CACCGCUGCAGCGCGCGAAGGGAGGGGAGGAGCGCGAGCCGUGGCACAGCACAGUAAAGAUUUGAGAGUGAUAGAAGAAGGACGUGUGGUCAAGAUCACUGAGCUCUUUGGGAUCGACUCUAAAACAUUGAAUCAAUCAUCACAAUGAACCACAGCUUCGCAAGUCCCAUGUUGGGAGACACCUCCAGUAUGAGGGAGAUUGCUUGCUGGCUGCCUGACGUUGAUGAGGACUUGGUUCCUAACGCCUAUGCACCUCUUGGAAGUGAGAAUAUGUCUACUGAUCUCAUAGCUACUGCAGUAGACUUAUAUACCUCUGGCAGCAAUAUCUACAAGCCAGUGGAAGAUUGUCAUUUUGUGACUGCCCCUCAGCCUGAAGGCAGGGUGCGCAGCGAAUCCUCCCUUGAUGAUAUUGAGAAGUUCAUCAAAAGGGAAAGGUUGAGGGAGGGGCAGUACCAUGAGUUUCGGAUCCUGGGAAGUGGCAAGACACAUGGGAUGAAGGAUGAUCUAUUCAUUGCCAUGCCCAACAAAGACAUCCCGAUUGAGGUGGUGGGUGCCCAAGGUGGCCAUGUGGUGAAAGUUGGGAUGCGGUACACAACAGGAGUUCACCACGACACUCCCGUCUUCGCCUGCAAGACUCAUGAUGACAAUGAUGAAGCAGGCUUUCCCUUCCACGUCCCCAAACUCCAUGCGGUGAAGCUAAAAGACCAAGGCCACCCCACUGUAGAGAUUCCUGUGCCCUACAAUGCUUCUGAUGAGGGCAACUUCACUUUUUCAGUUGUGUUUUGGUGCUUAAACUCAUGUCACCGGAAGUAUGGCAAGGGACAAGAAAUGAUCCUGAAGCUGUGUGAUGUGCACGAUAAUUUGCUGACGGAAGCUCGUAUCAAAUUGAGAAUUUGUAAAAAUGUUAAUCGUGACAAGAAUCUGGAAGGCCAGAGCCCAAAACAAGGGAAGAAGAAGCGCUCUUCUGGAGGGAAAGCAAAGGGGCCAGCACUGAAGAGAGUAAAGCAGGAAAUGCAGGAGGAAGGUGAGGGAAUGCAAGCAGGAGAGGCAGAAACACCUGCACCACUCCCAUCGUUGUCUCCCCACGAGGCUAAGCUUCAGAUCAGGUGUGACCCUGCUUUAGUUCCCACCUUUAGAGAGCUUGUCAAGGUGCUGAGCCGGGGGGCGUGGAUUGAGAUGCGGGAGGUGAUGGAUGGAGCCUCACCAGACCCUCCCCCCAACAUGGAGUAAUCCAGACACCGUGCUAGGUGGUCGUAAUGCAUGGCGUGGGAUUCUUUUGGACAGUGCAAACUUUUAUCCAGGUGGUUGGUGCUCUUCACAGCCUCCCCCAGGAAUGUUGCCAAGCAAAUUGGUGAACAUUCAGAUUCAUUCAUUCAAAAAUUGAAAACAUUAAAAACCAUGUGUUAUGAACAUUGCACCGGCUGCAGCCACACUGAUGAGCCACACCAGCUGUUGAGGGUCCAGCAUAGUUUAUUGCCGGACAUUCUUGGGGCAGACAAUCAUUUUUUGCAAAGUGUUGAGAAUGGCCACACGAUCUUGAUCUGUCACUGUUUUGGUGAAAAUUAGGGACACUUGAUGAUGAUUAAUUGAUAAGCGCUUUGCAUGCAAAGUCUUUGCGGAGCCAGCCAGACCUUCAGCCUCGGCCUGACUGAGAGCAGUAGGAUCCUGACUGGAGGUUUGGGGAGCGCCAGUGACCCAGGAAAACUUGUGCAGUCCUAAAGAAUCCCAUGCCAUGCUGCCUCGCCCUGAUAACAAGAUGUAGCCGCCUGAAUGACUUGGGAACAGCGCCCACUAGCAGAGGUGAGGCCGGGGAGGUGGAGGAGACUUGUGGGACCAGUGUGUGGAGGCUGUAGCCAGGGAAAAGAGGGAAGUCAAGCUGUGGUAUCCCCUAACACCUGGAUAUAAGUGGGACAAUGGAAGGAACUGUACAGAGGCAAACAGUACUGUGGUCAAAGUGAGAGCACACACACACACACACACACACACACACACACACACACACACACACACACACACACACACACACACACACACACACACACACACUUAAAGCACAAGAAAGCCUCUCCUGACCCAUCUGAUAACACCAAACACCCUGAGGAACCCACUUGCUCAGGAGACUCAUCAUCCAGCCACAAAAGACCAGGAAUCAUGACAGCUUGUACCCUCAGGUCCCACAGUCUCGUGUGUAUAACUAUUAGCAAACAAUGAGUCAACAGAAAGGCUGAAACAAGGAACCACUUCACCUCUGCCUCCCUGGCAAACCACAGUACUCCUGAAUGCUGUUUGGCUAGUGGGAGCUGUUUCUGAUGCAUUAUGUUUUAUUGUUGAAAUGUCAUCAUGUGUUAAACUCCGUCAUCAACUUGCUUUACGUUCUAACGCGUUGGGUGGAAAGACUGUGACAUGACAUUAUUCAAACGAGACACCAUGAGGAAGGUAAACAACCUCCACUGCCAAGGCUUGACAUCUCCAGGCAGUGUCGAGCUCUGCAUCCAGCACUCCUCGUAAGACUGAAGUUGUGUGUUGUUCAGUGCAACAUGCUGUUGCAAUUUGAAAGAUGAAAAUUCAACUAGGCAAAAUCUUCAUAUGAUGUAAUACCAGUGAAUAAUAUAUCCAUGAAAAAUGACAUCAGAUAAGAUUCCUUCAUGAGUGUUUGAAUAAGGUUUGACUCAAGCUUGAAGCCCUGAUUUUGCUAUUAUGUUAUAUACGUACAUGUAGAAGAGGUGGGUUGCUUGCUGCUCCAAGACACUGAUGCUUUCCAGAAGUGAGCAGCAAAAAGCACCGAGGUGGGCGGUGAAGAACUGGAAGGCAGGCAGUUACCAGGGGGACAAACAUUAAUUAAUUUUGGUCAUGGUAGAAGUGGUUCAAAGUGACACAUCACUUACAGAGUCAGUGGCUGUUCUUUGAGCACUUGUGCCUUGCCUCCCUGAGUCGUCUUCAAGCUAAGCCCACCACCUCUAAACACUUUUCAGUGGAAAACAGUAUAAAAAUGUCAUGUUGCAAAGUAGAGCAUUGUGGCCAUGCCAUGCCUGUGCCACACCACUGCCCAGGAACAGUGUGUGUGCAAGGCAUUGACCACUCUACAGUUCAGUGGCCUGAAUUUUGUGUGGCAAUCUUGGAACAGAGGCUAAAUAAUCCUAGAAUUUAAGGAUUAUUUCUAACUUAUCAACUGAUUUUGUGAUAAGUAGAUCAGUCUCACCCAGUUCUUUGAACUCCAUAAGAUGGAGUUCAAAGAAUUGUGUUGUGGGCAGCAGUGGCUGUCCCUCUACCCUCUAUAUGAGGUGCAAGUCACAUUCUUCCUUGGAGCAGAUGUGUCAGGCAUUGAUGGCCUGUCUUGAGUCUGUAUUUUCAGUGUUCUGCUGCCCUUGAAGUUAUUUAAUAACAUUGCUCGCUGCCUUGUGUGUUCGGUGACAUUAGUUAAAGGCAAAGAUUUCGUGCCCCCUCCUCCCCCAGACAGCAGGAAGGCACCCUUCUGAGACCACUGGUGUGUGGCUCUGUUGGCUUAUUCCUGGUGGCAGCAUUGGCUGCAUCGUGCCAGCCUUGCCUGUACUGCUGUCGUGGGUGCAGCGUGCCGGGCUUGUGGUGAGGCAGUGCCACGUUACGGCCCGGGAGGAUGUGGAGACUCUCCUCGGGUGUCUGAGCACUGAAGCUUGGCACCUGUUGCAGUGACAGGAAGGUCAGCUAGACCUACUAGCUCUAGUUAUGAUUGAACUAAUGGAUUUCUGAACCUUUACUAGAGAGCACAGAAACAGAACCGUCAAUUCAGCUCUGUGUUGGUGUAAAUGUAAACAGUUCCUUGCUUUGGCUUCCUCCCUUCCUUGUGUUGGGGAAGCAGAUCAGCUUCUGUAGUGGUACUGAAUACCCUACACCUUAGGCUCUGUGAUGUAGUCUGUUGAAGUUAUAAUGUGUAAAACUUAACCAGUGUUUUUCUCUUAGUUAGGGUCAGUGCUGCUGGGAUAGGAUGCUGUGCUCAGAUGGUUAGCUGAGGUCUUAACAUGAACCUCCCAUGAAGUCAUGCAGUUUGCAACUGUUGACAUCUUCACCUCAGUUUAUGAAGAUUUUUCACUUCUUAAAAAAUAUAAAAUAGUCACUCCAAACUUUUGUGACAAUUAAAUGAAUGUAAAGAAUUUUUAUCAACAGAAUGCAAAAAAAAAGUGGGGGAAAAAUAUAUGGCAACCCCUUAAGAUGCAAGAAUUAUGAUGUAGACAGUUUGUCAGAGCGACUCGUCUGUCCAUACUCUGAUGACUUCUCUCUCCUAUUAUUUUCAUCACUAAUGACCACAAAUGCACCCUGCAGGGGUGUGUUUGGCUAUAUGCUGUUAUAAAACGUUUAGGAAAGUAAAAUUCUAUAUUGUAUUUGUGUACACUUUAGGGUUAAUUUAUGACAAUGGCUACACUUGAAAACCCUUCUCACAAAACCCCAACUUUGGGCCGGGAGGGAGCUAUCAUGCUGAGGCGCUGACCACCAGCAUCAGUUUGUGGUGACUGUUGUGCAAGAGCUGAAUGGAAUCAGUGUGUGUCAUCUGCAACUUGCUCAUUGCAUUCUGAGUGUUAUUGAAAGGGCCAGAGUUUCAUUGAUCAGAAUUAUACGAAAGUAAAAAGUGAUUUAAAUACAAUUUAUACAGAAAAGUGCCAUUUGCAUUAUGAUCAUUUGAUUCUGAAUCAGUUUAGCAAGCCAAACUCAUUAAUCAAAAUUUCUUUAAAAUAAUAACCCUAAUUUAUAUUUAAAUGUUAUCUGCAACAAGCUAAUUUAAAUUUGAGUUUAUUGAGAGGGCCAAACCUUUUCCUUAAUUAGUUUAAACUACCUGAAAGUAAAAAAUCUGAAGCAUCAUAAUUCAUACAGAAAAUGUGCAGCAAGUUUAACUUCCCUCAACUUUAUAUUCUCUUAAGCCGAAAUGCAAAGUCUUCAUGGCAUUAGUAGGAUUUCACUUAGACUGAAGGACAGACAACCCUCUCUGGACCAUGGGGUCUGAGUGUCUGUGUGUCUGCGUAAAUCUAUGUGAAUCAGGCUUCUAAAGUAGUUUUGACUGAACAUCACGGCUACCAGUCAGCACUUAAGAGUUGAAGAACACAGAAAAUUCCUUCCCCAUAUUUUAUUGCUGCACUGCGGGUAACAAGAACCCUUCAAAGUCCUGAGCCAGGAGCUAACAAGAUAAGAGCAAAGCAGAGGAUAUUAACUAUAUAAGACACUCCCUAGAAAUACAUAACUACGCUUGCUGUGCUGACUCUAGCAGGCACUGUGCAGAUUCAGGACUCCGGAGAGGUGUGGCCUAACCUCUGUCAACUCAAAAUGGAAUGAGCUUGGUAUGAGAAAGGAAUUGCUUGUGUGCACUUCAUGAUAUGUAUGGUUGCAUAGAUAUAUCAUUCCAGUUCUAGCACUUCUUAAUUUACACUUAAUAUUUGAAUUGCUUAUUUUAGCUUAACUGUAAGAUGCAUGUUACCUUUGCAUUACAGCAAUAGAUUAAUAAAAAAGCUUUUAUUGUC